AUGCCUCUGACUGCAUCUCCUUUCCUGGGGAAAAGCUACAACUAUGACUACGACUACGACUCUUUCCAGCCGGUUUUCUACGACGAGGAGGAGAAUUUUCUCCACCAGCAGCUGCCGGCUCCCAGCGAGGAUAUCUGGAAGAAGUUUGAGCUGCUGCCUACCCCUCCCCUGUCCCCCAGCCGCCGACCCAGCUUCAGCCUGUUCCCUUCCAACGCUGACCAGCUGGAAAUGGUCACCGAGUUCCUGGGCGAUGACUUGGUCAACCAGAGCUUCAUCUGCGACUCGGACGCGGAGCUGAAGUCGAUUAUCAUCCAGGAUUGCAUGUGGACGGGUUUCUCGGCAGCCGCUAAGCUGGAGAAGGUGGUGAACGAGAGGCUGGCGUCUCUGCAAGCUUCGAGGAAGGAGACGGGACCACCGUGCGCCGAUGCACCCUCCCCGGCUCCGUGCAAUCCCCCGCCGCCUGGUUCGCUGGGGUUGGGCGCCGCCUCCGCCUAUCUGCACGACCUGAGCGCUGCGGUGGCCGAGUGCAUCGAUCCCUCCGUCGUCUUCCCCUACCCCUUCGCCGAGCACAAAGGCAGCCUGCCCCUACCGCCCGGAGACGCCACUCCUCCCGCCACAGAUACGCCAAGUGACUCCGAAGACCAAGAGGAAGAUGAGGAGGAGGAAGAGGAGGAGGAUGAGGAGGAGGAGGAGGAAGAAGAAGAGGAGAUUGACGUGGUUACAGUUGAGAAGAGGCAGCCCACAGCCAGGAGAGCAGAGUUGAACACCAAUACAGCUGGUAUCAUCAGACCCCACCACAGCCCCUUGGUUCUCAAGCGCUGCCACGUCCCCAUCCACCAGCACAACUACGCAGCCCCUUCCCCGCAGCCCCCGGCUAAGCGGCUCAAGGUGGAGAGCAGUCGGAUCCUCAAGCAGAUCAGUACCAACAGCAAAGGGAAGUGCCCGAGCCCGAGGACAUCUGACUCGGAGGAGAAUGACAAGAGGAGGACGCACAACGUGUUGGAGCGCCAGCGGAGGAAUGAGCUGAAGCGGAGUUUCUUUGCCUUGAGGGACCAGAUCCCAGAGGUGGCGAAAAAUGACAGGGCAGCGAAGGUGGUCAUACUCAAAAAGGCGACGGAACACAUAAUGUCAAUCCAGUCAGAUGAGCAGAGACUGAUGUCAGAGAAGGAACAAUUGAGGAGGAAACGGGAACAGCUGAAACACAGGCUUGAGCAGCUGAGGAACUCUAGCAAACAGAGAUAUUAGAAACUCCUCCCUCUUUUGGUUUUAUGGAUUGCAAAAGACUUUUUCUGCUGUCCUAAUCUCUGCAAGACAUUACCAGUCGUCUUAAAUAAACAAAAUGACUCUGUACUUUGCAUGCUUAUUGCAUAGUAGACUGAAACUACACAACCAUGGCCAAGCUGUGUUUAUAGAAAACACUUUUUUUUGGUCAGGAGAUGUAAUACUGCCUCAUUGUAACUAAAGACUGGGAAUAUGGGAAAUCUCACUUUUCUCGGGGAGGGGGGGGAAAUUUAGCGUUUAUCAGUUUCACUGUUUUACUUUAAUUUACAGAUAUAUUUGUAUUUAAUGCAUUUAUUUUUCUUAAAAAAAAACUACAAAAUCUCAAGGUUGACUUGCAGGUCCAAAUAGUUUGAAAUUAAAACCUUUGUUUUAUCACAACUGCAAUUUUGUAAAAAAGAAAGAUUUGUACAGUUCCUAAAUUUGUGUAGAAAAUGUAUUUACUGUUACUAUGUAAUAUCACUGCUAACCGGUUGCAUCAGACUAAAAUAUGCGAUUUAUUCGCACAGAUUCUCAGUUGGUAUGUGAUUUGUGCCAUAAAAGAAUGUUAAUCUA